AUGAAGUUCAAUUUGUUGAUGAUGUUUUUAUGUCGACAAAGGCGAGAGAACGGAUUUGUUGGGCAGCAACAGGGAUUAAAAUUUCCUUCAAAACUAUUCUUUUCUUUAGAGAAUAAUCCAAUCAUAAUUGAAUCUAAUUCGUUGGUGGAUGCGAAGAUUGAACUCAAGUCUUUUUAUCUUCAUGGAAAUAAUCGACAAAAGUCUUCAAGCCUUAGUAAUGCAAGUGAAAGUUUGCAUCAGGAAAAACUCAAUUUGGAAUAUUUUUUAUCCCUCAAAUUGCCGUUUAGCAACUUUCAUUCUGAAAAUACUUUACGCAAACAAGACAACAUUGAAAUGAGAUUUUCAUGA